AUGACUCCUGCGUUGAAAUACGCACUCGCACCCUACGGGAAAGCAUUUCUUGGAGACGGCGGAUAUAGCGUUGUGUUCAAAGCGACUGAAGAGGGAUCCGGUAAACAAGUGGCUAUCAAGAAAUCGCGUAUCUCGAAAAAGGUGAAGCGGUCCUUUCUUCAGCACGAGAUCCGUGUGCUGCAACUGCUGCAAGGUCAAGCAUCUAUUCCCGCUGUAUAUGCCUACGGUCGACUGCCGCACUUUGAGUACAUGGCCAUGGAACUUCUUGGACCGAGCGUGGCGCAAAUGUUGAAGGAAGGAGCCGGUUUACUGGUGGAGACCGUCAUUCAAGUUGUGGAUCAAACUCUCAUGGCAUUAAAGCACAUUCACUCACUCUGA